UCUGGAGUACUCAGUAUUUCAUUUGCCGCCCAUAAGCCGCCAUAAUGACACUCAACGGAGUCAUCCACGCACCACCAAUAUCAACGACGCUCUUCCAUUUCAGACCCGGUUCUCCCACGAACCGCCUCCGGUUCGCUCGCACCGGUUCCGAUCAUUUUCUCCGGCGUUCCGGCUCCCCAAGUACUGCGUCGGCGGUUUUGGAGGCCAGCAAAGAUGCCUCCGUGACGCACUUAAGCGCCCCUCCGGUGAGAAUAGUAGCUCUCGUCGGAGAAGGUAGCGUCAGUCCUCUCAAAUCCGCACCAUGGCUCGAAGUUAUGCUUCACACCGCAAAAAGAUUGAAAUGGGUUGACGAAGGAUUUGAAAUGUCGGUAUUUACUGACAACCUCCACGAACCUAAUAGUCCGGCAGUUGAAGAAUUGAAACAGGAAUUAAGUCGUGCAAGUAUUUUGGUGAUUGUUGCACUUACAAACCAAGAAUCAGUCAAGUGGGUUCAGAGCAACAGCCAAAACAUACCCAACAUUAUCUGCUUUGACUCCUCUCCAACGUUGACAAACAAACUUGGGGGAUCGUUCAUUCAAACAGAAACUAAAGGAAGCAUCUUCACCAAAGUAGCUGAACUUUCUCUACCAAAAAAGACGAAUGAAUCGACGGAACUAGUUCGAACUAUCUCCGAGGCUUGGGAAAGGCAUAAUUCCGAUGAUAUAAGGUUCUGUUUAUUAAUCAUUAUUAACGCUUACAUUAGGCCUGUUCCAAUCCUGAACAACCUGAGAGCAAAGGGUUUUUCUACUCUCAACUGCAUGGUAAGGAAUUGUGGGCCUCAGAUACUGAACUGUCUGUUGGAUCCUAACUGUAGGAAUGCUCUUCAGUGCUUGAAUCAGUGCAGUCCAGUAGAUCAGGUUUGUAACUACCGAUGUAUUGCUUCAUACGAAAGUCCAAACCUAGAAGAGUUCUCUCUCUGUGUAUUGCAGAAACACAAUUGUCUUGAACUGGAUGCAAAGAUCCCAACAAAACCGCAUGUGCCCCCAAUGGUAAAAUUUCGAGGGGAGGACAUAUGUCAUGAAACUGCAGAGGAUCUUUUUGUGGGUUGGCUAGGGAGUUUGGAUUGGAGUUGGCGCGUUGUAGCUGGUCAGAACCCAGCGUACGAUCAAUUUCCGUGUCAGUACCAGCUUUUUUACAGGGGAAAAGCAAAAGGAUCAUUCUGGUACGAGCCCGUUUUUCAGGUUAAAACCCUAGGGGAUGGCGAGUUGGUUUGGAGAAGGCGAAAAUAUAGAGUGAAGAGAGCAAAGAUCCCGGGUACGUUUAACUUCAGUGUGUUGGACAAUGGCGUGGUUUCAAAUGAGUUUUGGACGAUUGUGGAUGUUUCGGAUGAUCUUAGUUGGGGCUUGUUUCAUUACCAUGGAGCUGCCCGAGUUGCUGGGCAGUCUUACACUGGGGCAGUACUUGUAAGUCCUAACGGGGAGUAUCCGAAUGAGAGGGAGAGUACGAAGUUAGUAUCUGCAUUGGAUAGAUGCGGUAUCAAAGAAUGGGAGCUAUUUAAUGUGGAUAAUUGUUCGUGUAACGAUCCACCGUUGGGCUUGCCUGAGGGGUCAAGGUUGCAUUGUAAGAUUGAAAUUGAAGAUUGAAAAUCGGCCUCUGUUUAGGGUUGGCAAAGUGUUGAGGUACAAGCCUAACAAGUGGUUGGUGGACUAAUCAUGAGUGAAGUUUACGCCGUGUUUGGAACUUGAGGAAAGAAAGAAAAAGCAAAGGAAAUAAUUUUCUUUUCCGUUCCUCUGGUAAGAAAUCCAAGAAAAAAUAAGUAGUAGAAAAUAAUUCUUCUCCUCACUUUCCUUUCUUUCUUCCAUCUUUACUUUCCUCAUCUUUUCUUUUUUUCUUGCUUUCUUUGCUUCUCCGCGAAGCCAAACAGAGAAAAAUGCCUUUGCUAAUUUUGUAUAGUUUUCUCCCGUUCUUUCUUUCCCUUCCGCAAGUUCCAAACAUUGUCGUAGUAAGUCGGGGGCAAUGAGAAUUUCGUGGCGUGAACUAAAGUCUGAGUUUGCAAAGUAAGUCGGGGGCAAUGCGAAUUUCAUGGCCUGAACGGAAGUGUGAGUUUCCAAAAUGAGAUACUCACGACUAGAUUGUGCCCAGUGCGCAAGGCUCCCUUAUCAACUUCCGGGCAGUUGUCAAAAUAACUCACAGAACCCUAUAGUUGCAUUUGGUUGAUUUUAGUGAACUAUAGGCGUGACGCCGGGUAAGUUUCACCCAUGAUGCAAAUUUAUAUGGGAAUUGCUCAAAUGAAUUCGAGUAAUUCAUGAAGGUGUAGCAUAAUAGCACUGUUGUAACAGGUCAUGAAUCAGGUCAUGAAUCCCACAAAUACAGAAUGAAACUCGGAUGUGGUUUCCUUUCCUCCAUUGUGAUUUUCAUUGGUUAUGAAUACUAAAAGUUCCGCUUGCCCAUC